UUCCACCCUUGGUAGAGAAGAAAAAGAUCAUUAAGGUUUUGAUCUUGGUUAACAACAAUGAUUUCUGCCAUUGCCUGGGUCCCUAAAGGGGCUUCAAAGUCCCAACCUGUUUUGACUGACCUUCCUUCAAAAGAGGAAAUUGAGGAGUUCAUUAAUAGUGGAGGCAGUGAGAGUGAAGAAAAUGAUCAAGAGAUGGACAUUGGUGCUAAUGAUCAGGAUGAUGAAGUUGCCCAAGCAUCGUCUGUGGCAGAUGCACUUGGAAAGCCAUUAGUAGAAAAAUGUGAUGAUAUAACCCUUGGCUUAAAGGAGCUUGACAUGGACAAAUAUGAUGAAGAGGAUGAAGGAGUUGAGCUAUUUAGUUCAGGGAUUGGUGAUCUUUAUUAUCCAAGUAACGAUCUGGAUCCGUAUCUCAAUCAUGAAAAUGAAGAUGACUCUGAGGAAUUUGAAGACAUGACAAUUUAUCCAACAGAUUCUGUAGUUGUUUGUGCAUUAAUAAAGAAACAUGACUUUUGUCUUGAGGUUUUGAUACUUGAGGACUCGAAUUCCAGUGAGAUAAACCAGUUUAUUCGCAAUGAUAUUAUAAUCACAGCAUGUCCACUCUGCACAGCUUGGUCGGAUUCCCCUCUUAAAGGGGGAGAAAGAGGGAACUUCAUUGCUGUCGGUUUUGAGGAUGAACCUUCCAUCGAGAUUUGGGACCUUGAUAUUGUUGAUGAAGUAAAGCCAUGUAUGGUUUUAGGAGGCUUUGCCAAGAAAAAGAAAAAAGGAAAGAAAUCCAAAAAGUUCAAGGAUGGCAGUCAUACUGAUUCAGUACUUUCUCUUGCUUGGAACAAGAAUAUACUUGCAAGUGCUAGUGCUGACAAGCGAGUGAAGCUCUGGGACGUGGCUACUGGGAGAUGUGACAUGACGAUGGAGCAUCACUCAGACAAGGUUCAAGCAGUUGCUUGGAAUCAUUAUGCAGCACAAAUUCUUCUUAGUGGGUCUUUUGAUAAAACUGUAGUCAUGAAGGACGUAAGGAUGCCAUCACAUUCUGGCUUUAAGUGGUCAGUUCCAGCUGACGUAGAGAGCUUGGCGUGGGAUCCACAUGCUGAGCACUCAUUUGUGGUGAGUCUUGAUAACGGUAUUGUCAAGGGUAUCGAUGUUCGUGCUAUCCAAUCCAAUUCAACAUCUCAGUCAACUAUUUUCACUCUUCACGCGCAUGAUGAAGCUGUUACCUCAGUAUCCUAUAAUAUAUCAGCAGCUAAUCUUCUCGCCACUGCAUCCAUGGAUAAGACGGUAAAACUUUGGGAUUUGUCAAACCAACAACCGUCUCAUGUAACAUCCUAUGAUCCUAAGACAGGACCUGUCUUCUCUAUUUCUUUCUCAAAGGACGAUCCUUUCUUGUUGGCUAUAGGAGGCUACAAGGGAAAAUUGAAAGUCUGGAACACCUUACUGGAUGCCGGCGUCUCGCAAAUGGUGAAAAGAAAUAAAUAAUAAUGGUGGAAGGAAAUAAAUAAUGGGAUAAGGAUAUUUAGCAAGGAUUUAUGAUAGGAUAUUAUUUAGGAUUUAUUUAGAAUUUUAUUAAUUUAUUAUUAUGGCUGUAUUUUGUUUCUAGUAGGUUUUCUUUGGUUUUCUAUUUUAUCUUAUUUGAUAUAUUUAAUUGUUUCCCAUUUUAUGAUUUCUUUUAUCUGAAA